AUGUGCUUCCUACACGGUGCAGCACAGAAUCUGUGCCCCGUGGCAAUCUUGCUGAUUGUGCUUGGGCCCGGCCUGUGCAAAGGUUCGCACUGCGACGUAGACAUCGACAGCUUCUCCACAGUCCAAACUCAGAUAGUGCCCAAGCCCACACAAAGCUUCCAGAAUGGUACUGUCGUCUGCUUUGGGAACGCUUGCCGAAGUCCUCACACCACGCCAGCAUACGACUGGAAGAAAGACUGGCAGAACUACCUGGUGUCAGGAACUGCUGGCAAAGUGCCAGGUCCUUUGGACCAUUGCUGCCCGGCCUGCGAUAGUAUCCUGACAAAGGGCUGCAGCAACUCACGCAAGGAGGAGCACAUUCUUCUGAGCCACAUAUUGCCAUUCAUGCAGCAACAGGAAACGCCUCCAGAGCCUCCAGUCUUCGUGGAGCUCGGUGGUUUUGAUGGGUGGUGGGAGACCAACACGCACUUCCUUGAGGGCUGCUUGGGCUGGAAGGGCCUAAUGAUUGAAGGGAGCCCCGCCAACUUCGAGAUCCUUCAGAGAAAUCGCCCCAACACGGUCAAGAUCGGCAGCGCAAUAUGCAAUGAAACCAGCACCGUGACCUUUGCAUCUGAUGGCCGUUCAGGGGGGAAUGUUGCCACUGGCAAGAAUGGAGUUUCCGUGCCAUGCGCCCCCCUCCAGUCGUUCCUCGACUUGCUUGACGUCCGGCAUGUCAGCUUCUUCAGCCUUGAUGUCGAAGGAUAUGAGCUGAAUGUGUUGAAGUCGAUCGACUGGACCAAAGCGUCAAUUGCAACGAUGGUGGUGGAAGAGCUGCAGUGGCACAAGCAGAAGAACGAGGAGGUCCGACAGCUUCUUCAGGAAGAUGCAGGCUUCGACUUUUUGGGUGCCACUUGCUGGAAGGAGGUGGCUUGUGAUUCAUUCUGGAUCAACAAGAAGUUCGUUGAUGUCACGGCUGCAAAGCAGCACCUCCUGACGAACCCGUUUCCCGAGGGCAAGUAUGAAAUCAAUGGGUGCAAGCCGACGAGAGCAUGA